GUCUGCUGUGAUUGGCUAUUCGAUUUCAAGCAACUGAUGACGCGCUGAACAUUCCAAAACGCCUUCUGAAAACAUGGCGUCCAAGUGUAGCCUCUCCACUCUGUUUCCCCUCCAGAGUCAGCUCGAUUGCGACCUAGAAGACGCGACUACGCCCGGAGAAAAACAGGAACUUGUCCAGCAGUUUUUGAAAAGGGUAGACGAGAAGGAAGACCUUACAAUUCCCGAUUUCCAAACAGGUUUGCAGUGGUUGAACACGGAAGCGCCUCUUUCUGUUUAUAAGGAGCUGGCCGGGAAGGUGGUGCUGCUGGAUUUCUUCACUUACUGCUGCAUCAACUGCAUGCACAUCCUCCCUGACCUGCACCGACUGGAGAAGAGACACUCAAUUCAAGAUGGACUGGUUAUUAUCGGCGUGCACUCUGCAAAAUUCCCCAACGAAAAGGUCCUGGAUAAUAUCCGCAGCGCCGUCCUUCGCUACAACAUCUGCCACCCUGUGGUGAACGACAGCGAGGCGAGUCUUUGGCACGAGCUGGAGGUCUCCUGCUGGCCGACUCUGGUUCUGCUCGGUCCACGAGGCAAUUUGCUCUUCUCCCUGGUGGGUGAGGGCCACAGCGAGAAACUGAACCUCUUCACCGAUGCCGCCCUUCGAUUUUAUGGGGAGAAAGGCCAAUUGAAGACUCACACUUUAGGGAUUAAGCUGUACAAGGAUUCUUUGGCGCCCAGCAUCCUGUCCUUCCCCGGGAAGGUGGCCAUAGACAAGAGCACGCGGAGGCUGGUCAUCGCUGACACGGGGCAUCACAGAAUUCUAGUGGUGUCUUCUGCUGGACAGCUGCUGCAUGUCAUAGGAGGACCUGAAAGUGGCAGGAAGGACGGCGGUUUUUCCGAAGCCUCCUUCCACUCUCCUCAGGGCGUGGCGUUCAAAGGCGACGCCGUGUACGUGGCUGACACAGAAAACCACCUGAUUCGAAAGAUCGAUCUGUCGGAGGGGAGGGUCAGCACCAUCGCCGGAGCUGGUGUUCAGGGCACAGACAAAGAGGGCGGGGCCGUGGGAGUUCAGCAGCCAAUCAGCUCCCCCUGGGACGUGGCGCUCGGCACGGCCGGUGGGGAGGAAGACAACGUGCUGUGGAUAGCCAUGGCAGGGACCCACCAGAUCUGGGCUUUGUUCCUGGCAGAUGGAAAACUGCCAAAAGGAGGCGAGUUCAAGGCCGGAGUGUGUGUGAGGUGGGCAGGGAGCGGCAACGAAGAGAACAGAAACAACUCGUAUCCUCACAAAGCCGGCUUUGCCCAGCCAUCCGGUUUGGCGUUGGCCGCCGAGGAGCCCUGGAGCUGCCUUUAUGUGGCCGACAGCGAGAGCAGCAGCAUCCGCUCGCUGGCUCUGAAGGACGGAGCUGUGAAGCUGCUGGUCGGAGGAGAGAGGGACCCACUGAACCUUUUCGCUUUUGGGGAUGCAGACGGCAAAGGGGUGGAGGCCAAACUGCAGCAUCCUCUCGGCGUGGCGUGGUCUACUGAACAAAGCUGGCUUUAUGUGGCCGACUCCUACAACCACAAGAUCAAGGCGGUGGACCCGAAGACGAAGCUUUGCAGCACGUUAGCGGGGACCGGAGAGGCUGGAGAUUCCCUCGGUCCAGAAAUGACAGAAUCUCGCUUUAAUGAGCCCGGGGGGCUCUGCGUCGGAGAGGAGGGGAAGCUGCUGUAUGUGGCAGACACCAACAACCAUCAAAUAAAAGUUGUGAACCUGGUUUCCAAGACCGUCUCUGUGUUUCCGGUCUCCUCAGAGGUCACAGACUCCACCGUGUCAAAGCCUUUAGGUAGAACCAAAGCUCCCACGCUUCCCAAAUCCGCCGCUAGGAUGGAAAUGCCCCCAGUGGAGGUGUGUGCGGGCCAGACUGUCACCCUGUCACUCAGAUUAUCACUUCCAGACGGAGCCAAACUGACUGAAGAGGCGCCCAGCUGCUGGGUUCUCUCCGCUGAAGGUAACGAGUGGCUGCUGGACGGCCAGGUGACGACGGGCGAGGUCGUGGAUCUCUCUCAGCCCGUCAACAUCUCCACCAAACUUCCAGCGGCUAUGAAAGAGUCCAACAACAACCCCUGCCUCACGUUGGGAGUGUGGGUGUUCUAUUGUUUGGAGGCAGGCAAAGCCUGCAUGAUGAAAGCGGCCUCGUUCAGCCAGCCUCUUCAGAUAAACAGCCAUUCUGGAGAGAAGCAGGUCACCGUGGCGAUUGCCCACACUUUCUAAAAGCAGCUCUCCGUCCCAACUGCCUUUGAAAUCCACACUCUGGGGGAUCGGUGGAAGGUCCGGUCCCGGACAAAGAUGUUUAUUCGUUGCCUUAAAAUGAGAAUGUUUGUGAUAGAGUGGCUUUUUACAGAAAACCAGAUUUUCUGGAGAAUUUCAUUUCGGACGACUCUGAUGUUCUUCCUGUCAGACAUGAUGGAUCGGUGCUGCAAACUUCUCGUCUGCGUGGCGUGUAUUGAGAGGAAUUUGGUGCGUACAGCACACGCAGCAUGUGAGCUACAGGUUUAGGAUUAAUUCUAUUUUGGAAAGAUUAAAAAAAUUGAUUUAUUUGGCUUUCCAUCGAUUAAUUUUUGGAGAAAAAAAACAACUACUGACGCAUUUUUCUUUCUCCCCCAUGUGGGAUACAUGUGUCAAAAUCAAAUCGAUUUAAAGUAAAAAAUCUUCCAUUUCAUAGAGUCCAAUAGAAGCAAUAUUAGGUAAAAAAGGACAUAUGCGAGGCUUUGUAUUUUAAAGGGUUUAUUGGACCCCAUCUAUGCAAAAGCACAGUUUUAUUUGCCAUUAUGACGUUCAAGUCCUUAAAAAUAGAUUUUUCUCCUUCCAAAUCUAUGUGUAGCACUACUAUAGUGCCUUCUUUUAAGCCUAAAUACUCGUGUCUCUGCAGCGUGAGCUGUUUACUAAGUCACGCUUUGUCCUCCCUCAUUAUUGCCGCUGCUACUUUGGAUUACAAUUAUUCCCAACACAAGGAGCCCCUUUGAUUCGGACCACAAAUACGCCUGUUAUCUGUUAAAUAAAGUGCUCGUUUGCGAUAAGAGGGAGCAGCGCGAACCGAUGACACCGGCGGUCUUGCUGCCGCUUGCUCCACACACCGUCGGGUAUUACGAAAAACAGAGCUUCAUUCUUCUUCUUUUGCUAUCGAGCUCCACAAAGGGAACAUGAUAUGAAGAAGAGAGGCUCCAAUAAGGAGCAUUGCAUUGUGGGGCCUGUUAUGUAACAUAAUGCGAUAUGGCAGCUUGUUGUUUUCCCAUAUUGAUUCUCAAAGUGUCGUACGAAAGGGUCCCGCUUGUUUCAAGUGCCUUGAAACUAAAGCAUGGUGGAUGAUGCAAACUGAUGACACUUGUACUGUAUGACACCAACUAUACUCUUUUUUUUUUCAGAAAAUCUCUAAUUCCCACAAGUUAUUUAUUCAACUGAAGUAUUUUCUGA